GAGAAAAAAUUUCAACCCGGCAAAAUAUCGUGACGAUCAACCCAAACCCUGGCCAUCCCCAAUGGCCGACGCCUCCUCCUCCUCCGGCGGCGGAGGCGGCGGGCCCCACCCUUCAGCCUCAUCAUCCACCGCCACACCCCCCUCGCCGGCGUCCCUCGACGGCGGCCUCCUCCUCCGCCUCCUCCAAAACCCUCCCCCUGCCCACCCGCGCGCUGAAACCCUCACGGCGGGCCCCGUCGCGCACCACUUCUUUGUCGACCCCGCCGUCGCCGCCGUGGGCCCGCUCUUCGCCGCCCCGACGCAGAUGCAAGGGGGCUGCUUCCCAUGGUCCUCCGCCUCCGCCCCGCAGCCGCAGCAGCACCUGCUCCGGUUCCCCGGUCCCCAAUUCGCUCCGGGAGAACCCUACGCUGCUCUAGGCGGCAGCGGCGGCGGCGGUAGGGGUUUCGGAUCUGGGGAUGCGGUCAAGGCGGAGAGGCCUCGGCCGGGGGCGCCGCCUCCUGGGUUUGGCAAGCCGUCGCAUCCGCCCGCUGCUGCCCGUGAUGCAUCGAAUACGUUUGGUGGAGCACCGAGCAGGGAGCUGAACCACCAUCGUCCCAGGGGUUUCGGUAGAACGUCGAAUAAAGAGCUGAAGACUGUUCCGCCUUUUGCUGCUGGUCGCGAGGCGGUUGGUAGAAUGCCUCACGGAGAGCCGCGUGCAAUGCCAAUUACUGGUGGCCGUGAUGUGCCUGCAGGUAUGAUGUACAGGGAGCAGCAGCAGGAUUGCUUUUUGUCACGGACACCGCCUGAUAUGAACACCAAUAGAUCGUUUGGCAGGAUGCCUCUUAGAGAGCAGCAUACACUUCCUACCACAUGUGGCAGGGCGCUCCAUGGAGAUCAGUAUACGCAUGCAACCCAAGCAGGAAGGAUGCAGCGUAGUGAUUGGGGUCAGCAGGAACCCCACUUAACCUACACGUCACAAAGGGAGCAGACGUGGCAGGGUCCUAGUAAGGAAAAGGGCUUGCGGAAACUGCCAAAUGCGAAUGCCCAUGAUGCAUUUGGUAAGGUACCCGUAAAAGAAGUGCACCAUGUGACAGUACCUGCUGGCAGUUCAGUUGCAGUGGGUCCUAAGGAGGAUCAAGUGAAUGGUUUGGAGGAUGGCAGAAUAAGGGAAGUAGUUUUGGAGCAUGGAAUAGAUGGAGAGGUGGUAGCAGAGGCAGAGGCAGAGGCAAGGAAGUUUGAAGUAUCAUAUCAAAAGGGCAAGGUUAGAUUUGCUGGGCAGGAUGAAGAAUAUGAUGAUGAUGGCAGGGAGGAGGGUUCCAUAAUUGAGCAGAUGACAGAAAGUCUGAUGAUUGAUGGCAAUGUUGAGGCCAAGGGAGUAGUAUUGCAAAAAACUAUCACAAGGAGUAAGGAUUUCAGAUCAGACUUUUCUAGAGGACAUCAUGUAUCAAGCCAGCGAAUAAGAUUUCAGAGGAGAAAUAGGCCAUGUCGAUAUGACAUAGAUCGAUUUGCACCUAGUUUCUUGUCAAUUUUUGAAUCAUUGGUGCCCUCACAGGAUGAAAUCGCGAAGCAGAAGCAGUUGUUAACAUCUCUAAGCAGAAUAAUAAACAAGGAAUGGCCUAAUUCAAAACUAUACCUCUAUGGAUCAUGUGCCAAUUCUUUUGGUUUCUCAAAUAGUGAUAUUGAUCUUUGUCUCUCAAUUGAUGACAAGGAAAUGAGCAAGGUUGAUAUUAUAUUGAAAUUGGCGGACAUAUUACAUGCUGGAAAUCUCCAGAAUAUUCAGCCAUUAACUCGAGCAAGGGUCCCAAUAGUGAAGCUUAUGGACCCGGAAACAGGGCUUUCCUGUGAUAUAUGCGUCAAUAAUCUUUUGGCAGUUAUUAACACGAAACUUCUGCGAGAUUAUGCACAAAUAGAUAUAAGGUUACGGCAGUUGGCAUUCAUUGUGAAGCACUGGGCUAAAUCUCGCCGUGUAAAUGAAGCAUACCAAGGAACACUUUCUAGUUAUGCCUAUGUGAUAAUGUGCAUCCACCUCCUACAGCUACGAAGAAUACUCCCAUGUCUACAGGAAAUGGAGGCCACUUACUUUGUCACGGUGGAUGAAAGUAACUGUGCUUACUUCGACCAAGUGGACAAGCUAAAUAACUAUGGUGCUCACAGCAGAGAUACCGUAUCGAGGCUGCUCUGGGCCUUUUUCCAUUACUGGGCAUACGAGCACGAUUACACAAGGGAUGUCAUAUCAAUUCGUACUGGAAGGAUUAUUAGUAAGGAAAGGAAGGAUUGGACGAGACGGGUUGGAAAUGACAGGCAUCUCAUAUGCAUCGAAGAUCCUUUUGAGACCUCCCAUGAUCUCGGUCGUGUUGUUGACAAGUUCACCAUCAAAAUACUUCGGGAGGAAUUCGAGCGAGCUGCCAAUAUAUUACAGUUUGAUCCGAACCCUAGCGUGACGCUCUUUGAGCCGUAUGUGCCCCCUCCGUUACCGACCCUGAUGCAAGAAGAAACUGUGAAUGGUGCAGAAGUUGAACUAUGAUCACAGCAUCUGGUGCUUCCUGAUGCCUUAUGUUCUGAAGUAUUGUUCUGUUGUGUUUUGUGCAUAGCUGUACAACAGAGAUAUUUUGCUGUGUAGUUCCCAGGUGGGUAACGGUACUUGGCUGCCUCAGUAAGGUUGAGCUGACAGUUAUCCAGCAUGGGACUCGUGGCAUGGCAGAUUGCCUUAGUAAUGUUGUGCGAGAGGAUACAUCCACCUUUCUUAUUUUCUAUCCAAGUUCAUUUUUUGUUUGCCA